AUGUUCGCUGGUUCCAUCCUCUUUGCUUUUACUCUGCUCGCAACCGCGACAGCGCACGUUACGUCCCGUUCAGCGAGGAGGGAUAUAAAUGCCGUCGCCUUCUUCGAUCCCACGCAAGGAGGUGGCUCUUGGCUCGAUAACGCCGGGAGCGGUGGCGGAGAGCCACUUAAUGUGGUCAUCUCAGGUCUAAGCUCUCCCGCCGUACUCACUGAUGACGGCGUUGUCAAUUUUGCCCGCGCUAUUGGGUUCUCUACCGAGUGCUUCGGAAUUCAUAUCGGUGAUCCCCAGUCUGCUAACCUUGGCGAUGGAAAUGGUGCUGUUAAUCAGACAAUUGAGCUCCGUCAAGAUUUCGGUAAUGCCGACAUAGGCACCUGCCUUGAGAGCUUGAUUGGGGGAAAUCAUUUCCGAGUGUUCCGCCAGAACGGACCCAAUGCUAACAGUGGCGCGCUUUUCCUGGCUGUCUCCAAGGAAGAGAACGUGACUGAGGGCCACACUAUAUCUGAGGAUGGUUAUAAUGUUGGCAGAGAUGCUCUAGUAGACGCCGCGGUUGGGACCACCAGCUUCAAUGGCGUUACCUACUCUACAACUGCUCAGAGACUUGUAAACCAAAUGCCCGCUGGCGCCACUGGCGUCAACCAUGGUUUGUACACUUUUAGUUGGGUUACCAUGAACGCACUAACACUUGUCCUACUUCAGGUAUCGCUGUAGACGGCACCGUCAUUUUGCUUACAGUCACCAUUCAAUGAUGGGGUUGUCCUGCCACUCAAGGACUCAGUCGAGCGAUGAUACGCAGAUACUAAUCCGUAUAUUGACUAUAACGACUUGUGAUGAAUGUACCGUGACGACAAUGCAAUGUUCAGUUUCAUGUGGUUGUGAUAUCGACGAGCUAGUGUUACAAGAAUGGGAGAGAAAGGCGUAGAGCGCCGUGGAAA